GGUCAAAAAUGUAUAAUAAGGUCACUUAUCAAUUUAUUUGUUUAAAAUUAUGAAUCAAAAACACCACAGUUAGAAAAAAAAAGAAAAUCCACGUGUAUCCGUACCAUAAAACAAUAAACUGUCUUAAUCUGACCGCAACUUCCUCUCCAAAUCAAAGCAAAACAAUGCAAUAAGACGUGUGAAUUCAAACAUGAUAACCACUACAUCAGACUCUUCACUUGUUUCCGGAAAUUACUUAAGUAAACAAGAGUAACAUGGACAGCAAUGCGACCGCAACAUCCCGAUUUCAGUUUAUAAAACCUUUAGCUUGGGCCGCCAACAAUGUUUUUCCAAUUCGUUUAAGUGAAGUGAAGUGCUGCUGCGUUAGAAAAUGUCGAAGAACCAGGCGACACCGGCCAGCCGGCAACUGGAGCUGUGGUACGACAAAUACCAGGAGACACAAAAGGAUGAACAUUCGACGAACGACUCGGGCAUCGCCCUCCCCUACAAGGACUCCAGCAUCACGGUGGGCAAAUACGGCCCGAUCGUGCUCACCGAUUGGGACAUGAUAGAACAGCUCGCCCACUUCGCGAGGGAGCGCAUCCCCGAACGUGUGGUCCACGCGAAGGGUGCCGGAGCGUUCGGCUACUUCGAAGUCACCGACGACAUCACCGAUCUGACCGUGUCGAAAGUGUUCGACAGGGUGGGGAAACGCACCCCGAUUGCGGUCAGGUUUUCGCAGGUGGCGGGCAAUCUCGGCUCCGCCGACACCGUCAGGGAUCCCAGAGGUUUCGCCAUAAAAUUCUACACGGAAGAAGGAAUAUGGGACUUAGUAGGAAACAACACCCCCGUAUUUUUCAUGCGGGACCCCAUUUUGUUCCCAAUGUUCAUCCACAGCCAAAAACGCAACCCCGUCACCAACACCAGGGACUGGAACAUGUUCUGGGACUACUUAAGCUUGAGACCUGAGUCUUUGCACCAAGUCCUGAUAUUGUUCUCGGACAGAGGAAUCCCAGAUGGUCACAGACACCAGAACGGUUAUGGCUCUCAUACUUUUUCACUCAUUGGACCAAACAGAAAGUUGACUUGGGUGAAAUUCAUUUACAAAACUGAUCAGGGAAUAAAGAAUUUGGAACCGGAACAGGCCAAUGCCUUGGCUGGUACCCAACCAGAUUAUGCCCUUGAGGAUCUGUACAACGCCAUCGCCAGCGGAAACUACCCCUCGUGGACGUUCUACAUCCAAACCAUGACCCCGGAACAGGUCAAACAGGUGAACUUCAACCCGUUCGACAUCACCAAAGUGUGGCCCAAGAAGCAAUUUCCGCUUAAGAAGGUCGGGCGGUUUGUUUUGAAUCGCAAUCCGGCGAAUUACUUCGCCGAAGUUGAACAACUCGCCUUCCAACCCAGCAAUUUGACUCCAGGAAUCGGCGCAUCACCGGACAGACUCUUGCAAGGCCGGAUGUUCUCCUACCCGGACGCCCACCGCUACCGCCUCGGCGUCAACUACAACGAGAUCCCGGUCAACUGCCCGUUCCGCGUGCGCAACUUUCAACGCGACGGCAAAAUGGUGAUCAACAAUCAAGGCGGCGCCCCCAACUACCACCCGAACAGCUUCGGCGGUCCGGAGGUGGAGCCGGGCGCCCAGAACGGCACCAACCCGCCGGCCAACGUGUGCGGCGACGAGACCUACUUCGACUUGGUGGACGACGACAACUACAGCCAGCCCAAGUGCAUGUACGAGAACGUCCUGGACGCUGGCGCGAGGUCGAGGCUGGCCGAGAACAUCGCCGGCACUUUGGUCAACGUCACCGUCCAGGGUAUCAUCGAUCGGGUCAUCGAUCAGUUCACCAAAGUGCACCCGGAGUUGGGGCAGAACAUACAGAAGGCGUUGGAAAAAGUACAAGUUUAACGGGCCGAUGUAACAAUUAAACUAAAUUCGUCAUAAAUAAAGUAUGUUUCAAUCA